GCUCAAUCGGCUGCAGUGUUUUCGAUAAAUUUUGCUUACAAACAAAUAAGUGCAGUGAAUUUUAAUGCAAAAACACCCCAAAUGAGGCAGGAAGAAGUGAAUUAGCAUUGUGUAAUGAAAGUUUAAUCUAUUCCCGUGGUUUUCAAUAUGUGGAUGUAAGCAAGAAAGCGUGAAAAUGUCUGCAGAAGACAAAUGGGUCCGCCGGUUCUCAGUUGACGAAACAGCUCAACAUCAAGAUGGGUUUACUAUCUACAAAAUAACUUCAGUCCUGUUCCCGCGCGACUGCCCGACGGCCAUGACAGAAGUCUCCGUGUGGCACCGCUACAGCGCCGUGCGCGCGCUGCACCGCCGCCUCGGCGCCAUCAGUGCACGGAGCGGCAACGUGGCUAGGCCGAAGCUGGGGCUGUUUACUAGGUUCAGGAGACAGAACCAGGUGAUAGAAGCGCGGGCGCGGUACAUCAAAGAGCUGCUAGACUUUGUCGCAGAACAUCAACUGUUGUUUACAAGCACUGAGUUUGUCAACUUUCUGCAGAGCGGCUACCCUCCCCCCGCGGCCGGCGGCGCCAUCAGUGAGAUUCGAUCCUCCCUACAACUACCCCCCCUGGACCCGCCGCCGCUAGCCCGCCUUGACAGUGACUCGAUGAAAGAGAGCGACGAAGAAACAACAGACGGCGCGUCCACUUCCGCCAUAAACAACAUAGAACGACCGGAAAUAACCUCCCCCGACAUCAACAUCGCCAACAUACAAAUAUUCGAAUCCGACGACAUCGAAAUACAAACUCCGAUUGGCGCGAAAACAUCAGACUCCUUCGAAUCUUUCAGUUCUUUAGAAAGUUUGAGCAGCGACCUCUUUGAUGAAGUGUCAAAAGUGACCAUAGACAAGCCCAAGCCAAGUGUCAAAAACAAGUCAGUGUUGCCAGAUUUGAUAAUUUUUGACGCCCCAUCCACUUCCAAGUUUGAUGAUUACCACACUAUGACUAAUUUGAAAAAUUCUAGCGUUAAUUCUGAUACAAUCUCCUUGGAUUCUUCUAUGUGUGAUUCGGAGUCUAAAAUGUCUUUGUCUAGAGUUUCUUUGUAUAGUAAGAAGAGUGUUUUGUCUUCUUCCGAAGUGCAGAGUAAGACAAGGACGGAAGAUAGCUAUGUAUUCGAGGCUGGUUAUAUGUUGAAUUUGGCCGCGAGAUGCGAGAAUAUCGGGGAUUAUCAACAAGCGUUCGAUUGCUACAAGUCUGGCAUUGAGAAGAUGCUGAUUGGUGUUCAAACGGACUCGGAUCCUCAAAGGCGUGCGUUGAUCAAAGAGAAGACCAACAAAUAUCUGUCGUAUGCGGAGGCCAUCUACAGGGACCAUCUCAGCCAGAACGAAAUCACUCUCCAACAGUCGCUAGACCCGCCCCCGCGCGGCGCGCUGCCGGCGCAGAGACCCUACGAACACCUGGCUCUAUUCAGGUUCAUAGCUGUUCUGGGUUCUAGUCUGAUGUUGGUGCUAAACAAAGAAGAUCAAACUUGCUAUGUUAUGAAGGUCAUCCAGAAAAUACCAAACAACCUGACAGAAUUCGACGAUUAUUUCCUUCAAAGAGGCAACGAGACUAAAAAACCAAUUUUACCGACAAACAUUCCAUACAUGGUCCCACUGUACUGCUAUAUUGAAACCACUAACUUAAUCUUUCUAGUACUAUCCUAUGCGCCGGGCGAAAAACUAUUCGAUUAUAUUAAAAACUACGUUAAAUCUGUUCCAAAUACACCUGCUAGGGAACUAAAUCUAGAAAACGUAUUUGCUGAACCGUUAAAACAAAAAAUAGAUCAUGAAAAUAAAAAGGAGAAUGUAUUAGUAGCCGAAAUAACCAAAGAUAAGGAUGAAAUUGAUUCGGUCAAAAUCAAAUUCGAUGAAAAGACUAAUGUUAGUGAAAACGUAAACAAAAUAGAAGAUAAAAAGACUGAAACUAAAGAUAACUUAGACAUUUCCGUGAACGAAUUGGUGAUAAAUUCUCAGAAACUGCUGUCGAAUGUAAACAAAGUAUUAAAUGAAAGUCCAAAGACGAAGAAAAGUGAUGAUUUUAAAGAGAAUGUGGAAAUUAAAGUUGUAGAUAAAGAGGCUAAAAUUGAUGCGAAAAAAGACCGCAAUCUGGACUCUCCUAUACAUAUUCAGUCCCCCGCGCUGCCCCCCGCGGCGCCGCGGCGCUGGGCGGCCGAGAUACUCGCCGCCGUGGACAGUCUACACAACGCCGGAGUUAUACUGGGAGACCUGAACCCCAACAACAUUCUUUUGGGCGACGGUGGUCAAGCCAUACUGACGUAUUUCAUCGGAUAUGAUGGAACCGACGUGGCACUGGCCAUUCUGGGGAGACAGUCGCCAGUGGGCUACCCCAACCUGUACAUAGCUCCUGAAUUAUACCUACACUUGGCCGGAGCUACACCUGUAGCCGACUACUGGAGCCUCGGCGCAGUGAUGUACCACCUCAUCUGUAGCACUCCGCUAUCGACCUACCACUCCAGUGUGUUCACAUCCCACACUCUACUGCACAUACCCGAGGGCAUCGACCUCGAGGCAAAGAGUAUACUCACACAGCUGCUGACUUACGACCCCUUGUCCCGGCUCGGCGCGCGCGGCGUCAGCGAGAUCAAGCGACACCCCUACUUCAAGAGCAUCGACUGGGACACCCUGUAUGAAGACUGGCGGAUGCCCGGCUGAAGGGAAUUGGGAGUUAGGAGUGUAGAGUUAGGGUUGAUUAUUUAUUGAAGUCUUAUGUCUUGUUUCGCCAUAGUUUGUUAGAUCAUUGAGACCCAUGUUACAUUGUAAUGUCAACCUCAAUAUUAAUUUCUUGAUAGAUGUGUCUAAAGUCAACAACUAAUCCCUUGUUAUGAUCUAACAGAGUAUGGUGAAACUGCGGCUUAGGUUGAAAAUAGGCUGUAUUCUGGUUAACUAUA